AAAGCAGCGUCCCCACCCCGAAUUCGAUUUCUUCCUCCCCCUUUUCCACGCGCACCACCAUUCCCAAGCCCUCCUUUCCCCCUCCUCCACCCGCUCUCCCACAUCCCCACCACCUCCGGCGAGCUCUGCACCGGCGGCAGCGGAGGAGCGUGGGGGCUGAUCCUAGGAGGCCAAGGAGCAGCGGAGCGGAGACGAGGCGAUGGGGCAGCAGCAGCUGAUCUACUCGUUCGUGGCGCGGGGCACGGUGGUGCUGGCCGAGUACACCGAGUUCACCGGCAACUUCACCACCAUCGCGGCCCAGUGCCUGCAGAAGCUCCCCGCCAGCAACAACAAGUUCACCUACAACUGCGACGGCCACACCUUCAACUACCUCGUCGAGGACGGAUUCACGUACUGCGUGGUUGCUGUCGAAUCAGUUGGCCGACAAAUCCCCAUAGCUUUCCUGGACAGAGUUAAGGAAGAUUUCACGAAAAAAUAUGGUGGUGGAAAAGCAGCUACUGCAGCAGCAAACAGCUUGAACAGGGAGUUUGGAUCAAAACUUAAAGAGCAGAUGCAGUACUGUGUGGACCACCCUGAGGAGGUCAGCAAGCUUGCCAAGGUGAAAGCCCAAGUCUCAGAAGUCAAAGGAGUUAUGAUGGAAAAUAUUGAGAAGGUUCUGGACCGGGGGGAGAAGAUUGAACUGCUCGUUGACAAGACUGAAAAUCUGCGUUCUCAGGCACAAGAUUUCAGGCAGCAGGGCACCAAGGUGCGGCGAAAGAUGUGGCUGCAGAACAUGAAGAUCAAGCUGAUCGUCCUGGGUAUCAUCAUCGCGCUCAUCCUCAUCAUCAUCCUGUCGGUGUGCCACGGCUUCAAGUGUGGCAGCAAUUGAGAAGGACGACGAGAUGAGGAGUUUUGCUCUGUUGUAGUGGUUGAGUCCCGCGCUAAUUAUUCUUGGUGGUCACAGAGCGUUCCUGAUGUCUGUGUUCUGUGGUUGUUUGAUUGCUGUUGGUUGGUUGGGGGAAGUGACCUGGGUCAUGACGGGGUUGAGUGUCGUGUAAUUUUGAAUGCUACUAUUGUGCAUAUAUAGCUUGUAUGCUACCCUGGUCCGUUACGCUAUAUCAGUAGAGGUUACUACGUUUGCUCUCCA